GGGCGCUCGGCAGACCCGGGGAGGGCGCGGGAGGAGGGGCCCCGCGGGCGGGGUCCCCCUCAUGGCUGGGCAGGCACCCACCGGCGCCCCGCAGAGCCUGCCGGCGCCCGCGCUCCUUUGAGCCCCUGACAGGUAUCGGAGGAACAUCUAUCUUUUUAUCUACUACUUAAUCCAGUUCUGUGGCCACUCAUGGAUAUUUACAAAUAUGACAGUCAGAUUCUUUUCAUUUGGAAAAGAUUCCAUGGUUGACACUUUUUAUGCCAUUGGACUUGUGAUGCGACUUUGCCAAUCCGUCUCCCUCUUGGAGUUGCUGCACAUAUGUGUUGGCAUUGAAUCGAACCAUCUUCUUCCCAGGUUCCUGCAGCUCACAGAGAGAAUAAUCAUCCUCUUUGUGGUGAUCACCAGUCAAGAGGAAGUCCAAGGGAAAUACGUGGUGUGUGUUUUAUUCUUCUUUUGGAAUCUAUUGGAUAUGGUUAGGUACACUUACAGCAUGCUUUCAGUCAUUGGAAUAUCCUACGCCAUCUUGACGUGGCUCAGUCAAACACUAUGGAUGCCCGUUUAUCCUUUGUGUGUUCUUGCUGAAGCAUUUGCCGUCUAUCAGUCACUGCCUUAUUUUGAAUCAUUUGGCACUUACUCCACAACGCUGCCCUUUGACUUAUCCAUCUAUUUCCCAUACGUGCUGAAAAUAUAUCUCAUGAUGCUCUUUAUAGGUAUGUAUUUUACCUACAGUCAUCUUUACUCCGAAAGAAGUGACAUGCUCAGAGUCUUCCCCAUUAAAAAGAAGAAAAUCUGAAGCACAGCAUUACAAUGCGACACAAGAAAAGACAGGCUUGUGGAUUCAGCGCAGCAAACACAAACCAGGAAGCAUUCUGGUGGGAAAAUACCUAGGAUUUGACAAAACCUGACAUGAAAUAAUUGCACUCCUCUCUAAAACUCUAGACAUAUCACAGCAGUCUAUGUUUCUCACACAUUGUAUUUUCAAAACAUAUACUCUGCACAACCUGCUUCACUAAAACUGUGGAUUUUAUACCAGUUACAUUUAUAUUGUGUGAAGCCCCAUUAUUUUCCUGUAAGGUUAAUGAGAAAUAGGAGAUUACCUGGAGUAGAUUCAAUUAAACCAAGAAACUGAAGUUGUUAACCUAAAUUACAUCUAUUUACAUUUAUUUCUUUUCACUUCUGAGUUCCCAAAUAGCAGCAGAUCUGUAGGAGGGGAGUGAUGUGGAAUAUGCUCUGCCGUAGUCUAGAGUAACAUAUUUUAUAGACAGAUGUCACUGUCCCCAGAGUUAACAUCCAACGUAAACAUUAGACACACUUAGAAAAUUAAACAUGUUUCUAAACCCUGAAAGAGUACUCAUUAAUAUUACACAAGUUAUUUGAGCUUUGAUGCUUUAAAAGAGGGCUCUGAUGAAAACAGAAAAAGACCUUUGGUAAUUAUACAAAUAAUGCCCCAUAUUCCUUUUUUUAAACAUAAUCAGGCCUUAUACAUACCUUACAGGAGGUAAAAGGUACAAAAACAUAGUAAAUCAUUUAAAAGAGGUAAGAAAAUUAAGGACUACUGACGUUUCAGAUUAUUUAUUCCUGAAUUAUUAUUGCUAAUUACUACAAAUCAUAUAUGUCAUCGCUUAUAGUCUUGAAAAAUGCUCCUUUCUUUGAAAAUCUAAAACACAUGUGAAUAGUUGACUAAUAGAAUCAUUUCUGUAACAUUAGUAUAUCAUUCACUUUUCUUGAAUUAUAGAAUCAUCUUAUCCAGUGACUAUGUAAAAGAGUACUAAAUAUUUUGUGACAGAACAACCAAGUAAUAAAAAUGUAAUUAUAAAAAAAUGAGUAAUCUUAUUUCCACCAAAUAAAACAUUUGAAAAGAAACAAUUGAGUAUUAAUAAAGAUAAUUGACAUAUUUAUAAAUUUAAUAUAUUUGGAAUUUUAAAGUAUUAAAAUUACCCUUUUAAGAAGCUACAUUUUGUUUCUAAACUUGUUUAUUUCACUUCUAAAUUUAAAAAAAAAAUUACUGAACGCUUUAGUGUGUAAAGAGAACAGAAACCCAUUUCCAAAUUUUAGGUGACCUAGUCUAGCUUCUUCCCAAUAAAGAUGGCUACUUACACUGCUGAAAUAGAUAUCUAGGAUUACUAAAAUGAAGAGAAAGAAUUAGAGAAACUAUACUUUAUUAGGCCAUUAGAGGAAAUUAAAAUUGCAUUAUUAAAUGAUACUUUAAUUUUUAAACCAGAUUACCUAAAGAAGCUUUCUACUUCUAAAAAUAGAAGACCGAAAAUAAAUACAAGUAUAUUUAUAAUUAUGGUAAUUUUGAAGUAUUGAGAUGAGGUUUGACAAUAAUUUGAGAUAGCUUCAACAAUUGUUAACAUAAAAAACUCUUGUGAUUUCCUCUGGUGACAGAGUUACAAUUGUUAAUAUUACUGUGGUUGGUUGCCUAUAUUCAUAAUCAAAAGAAAUAUUAAAUUUUUUUAGAGGUUAGUGAAAAUAAGGAUGUCAUUUCUUUUCCCAUUCAAGUUCAUGUUCCCCAGGUUAAGAAACCCAGACGUCGAGUAAACAUCUAGUUAAUCGGAUGUUACCCAGAUUGCACAGUUGAUUUCUUUGGCUAUCUGUUUUAACCAUAUGUCCAUCAGAUCUCCAUUUCAUUUUGUUCAGUGUCAUCAAAGGCUUAGUUUCUCAAAUCUAAUUAAUAUAGAUGAAAUAGGAAACAAUUAGAUAUUUUGAAAGCGUAAGACAACUUUUUAAAUGAUCUUUCUUCGGAGUUUGAAAUGCCAAGUUUCACUGCCUGAAGUUUUAAGUCACCCAAGCUAAGGAGCAGGGAUCAACA